CUCUGGUUAAUAGAGUACCACAUCUUCCUCCUCCCCCGGCCGGUCCCCCACUCCCCUAGUCACUUUUGAGGGAGGCCGCCCAUGGGGAUGGGGGAGAGAUCUAGACAGGCAGAGGACGAAGGCCUUCGCGCUAGACGGGGUCUCUCUGGGUGGAUCUCCGGCCGGCUCUCAUCUCAGAUAAUCGCUCGACAGAUAUGCCGCCGGCCGGACGGAUCAGGAGGAGGCACGGCGCUCCCCGGCCGGCCGCCCGGACUGAUGGGCGCCGGCGGCCGGCCGCCUGCCGUUUGCAGAUCGAUACAUCGUCGGAUCAUCACACGCCCUCGCUCUCGAUCACCCAUAUAUAUCACAUAUCGCCGGAGGGCCAGGCACAAGAAGAGACAAGAUCGAGCUUGGAUCGAUUGAUCUGCACCCCUGGUGUGAAGUUUGCGUACGUACGUGCAUCCGAUCCAAUCCAUCGGUGGAUGCAUCAAUGUCAUCACCUACACUUCAACAAAAGGUCAGCGAGAUGCAUGAAAGGUUCCUUCAGUUGAGUGAUUUACAAAAAAUCAAAAGACAUGUUGAUUCACUGCUGCAAGACUUGAGGAAAGCAGCAGAACUUGCCUCCAAAGAACAACUCAUAAUUUCCGGGCUUGUUGAGAGACAAAGUGGAGAUUAUUUCUUUGGAUGUCAGCCUACUUCGUUCAUCAACACAUUUGGCCCAAUAGUGAAAUCAUUGGAUAAAAUGUGUCAGCAAAAUAAUAAGAUCUUGAAUGGUCUCGAGACUGGUUUGCUCCUCUAUUUCAAUGAUGAGGAUCCUUUACUAUUGCAUGUGCAAAAUCUUCAAAAGAGAAGCAAGCAACUGUCUAAGAUUGUAGCUAAACCGGCAAGUAGAUUUGUCCACUACGAUAGCCGUGUCAAUGUUGAACUGAAAUGGAUUUCUCAGUUUCCAAUAGUUUCAGAAAUCUGCCUGCAACAGUUUUCCACCAUUAUGCCAACACUGAUUGCUUUGCAAAAGGACCUGUCAGUUGUGAGUCAAGCCCUUGAUGAACUUGCAUCUUGCAAGGAUGCUUCUCAAGAUUUCUGCUCGAAGUUCCGUACUUUGCACAUAUUACCGAUGACCUUGGAUUCCAUUCAAUCAAUGUCAAGGAGUUCUACUACCAUCGUGCAAGCCGUGGAUGACAUUUGCUCUCAAUGCAAGAAUCUGACAAGUGUUUAUCAAGAAAAGGAAAUAAUUGCUUUGGGAUUUAUUGGAUGUGAGCGGUUUGUAAAGAAAAUGGUCUCCGAGGUUGAGGGUCCACUAAGUGAACUUCAUCAACAAGUUAUCAAUGCUAAAAAGUUGUAUGAUCGCAAGUUCAGCCGCCUAACAGUGGAUGCAAAAGGACCAGACACAAAAGUGUACAUGUAUAAGGAAGCAGACGGCCUCUCUGACUUCAGUUGGAGGUUUAGAUUUAUUAAUGGCAGGAGCAUUAUGCCAUCACUUAGGGACCAGAGAAGAGGCCAAUGUGCAUAUGCUUCAACGAUGUCAUGUACUGAAUCACUUUACAAAAGAGAGAAUACAGCAGUGAGGAUUGGAACUGAAACUUAUCUGUCAGAGGAGUUCAUUCUGAAUCUUUCGCUGGAACAUCUUAGAGAUCUGGUUGAUGCAUUUUGUGCAACAAAUUCUAUUAAAGGCCACAACACGCUUGAUUACUAUCUCGAAGCUCAGGGUGUCAUAACCGAAGAAGCAUACGACAACGCAAAAGAAAAUUUUCACAGUUACCGACGUUAUCGCAUAAAGGAAUUUGAGAAGCUUAAUACAGCCAGAGUUAAAGAGGGUCAUGCCUUAUUGGAGGAUGGAAUAGCUCUUAUUGGGAACUUCAGAGUCACAACCGACUAUCAUAGGCUUGGACGCAACGACGUAUAUGACAUUCCUGAGGGCGCAACAUUUGAGACAAAUCCUUCAGGGCAGUAUUGCUCCCACUGUGUGGUCAUCAUAGGUUAUGGCGUCACAAGUGAUGGGCUGUCGUACUACAUUUUUCAAAACUCGUACGGUAAAAAGUGGGGAGACAAAGGUUUUGGUCGAAUAGCUUGUAGUUGUCUCAAGUAUCUUUACCGUGCGAGUGUUUAGGUUAGAGUACUGCAGGAUGUUUCUCAUCUUGAUGGCGUUCAGCCUCACAACGACCAGCAUGUAUCUUGGGCAUCCUCGCAGCGCUGUGUUGUUAAGAAAGUUACACUGAUAUAGAAUAUUAACUCUUUUUGUAAAGCAAACACCGGCCAGCAGAUUUUUUUUGGGGAGCCUUACUGUAAUGUCUACUAAUUUGGUUUAUUUGUGAGAGCAUAUGAGUAUCUUAUAGCAGAAUUGGAGCCUCACUGUAAUGUUUGCUCAUUGUGAGAGCUGCAGAACCUAUGUUGUCAAUCAGUUGAAUUUAGCAA